GCUGACAAGCACUGCGUUCGCAGUUCAGGGAUAGGGGUGGCAGGUAACGAUGCCAACCAAGGACCGACGUUGCAAAUGGAAUCAGAGGAAUUGUUGAGUGUCAUUUGCUUGGUUGCAAAUGCGGAUGUGGAUAACGGCGAGGGGACAGUUUGCGGAGACACUCCGAUCUGCACUGUUGCAAGUGACUGUGUCACGAAGACUAAAGCAGGAACGCAAUUCCUGUACAAUAUCAACUGGGAACCCGGCAAUGUGCAGCCAGGGUUGAUCGGGGGCGAACACUGCUUCGCCUUCAACAGUGGUGAAACAUGGGUUCCUUAUCGUCCGCCUAAAUUAGCCAUAUGGCGCUACUUCACGGCGGCCAUUGUUUUUGACCGACUGAAAAUGAUGAAUGACGGCGUGGUGGUUCGAGAUUUGGUAAAAUACACACGUGUUUUUCGGGAGACACUGGCAGAAAAGGGGGAGAUACGGCUUAAUGACUUCUUUUACGAUCGUGAGGAAUGCUCCCAGCAAUGGGUGGUUUUUGACAGCAGAGGAGUUGGGGAUGGAGUUUGUAACGACAAUGAUGCAAGACGGGACGCACGGUGCGGUUGGGUGCAGUCAACCAUUCCUUGUGAAUAUGGAAAAAUUAGAAUGAUAGUCCACGAUCUGAUUGGGAACUGUUGGAGUACAGUUUAUAUAAAUGACGAGUUCAUCUCUCGUUAUUUGGAGUUCGAGAUGCUGGAGUUCUUUGAUGCCGCGACAGGGGAACCCACGAUCCCGCUGGAGAACCCUGUGUUUUCGCCAAUUGUAGAGGGGAAAGUUUUUUGGGGGGAGGACAACAUUUGUCUGUGGCAUGUAAGAGGAAAGGAACUCACUUAUGAUGGUCUGCUCGUUAACAUAUGGGACUCGGAUAGGACAGCGCGGGAGAGACUGUCUGCUAUUGACAUAUCCGUGACUGUGAUUUCACAGUCCGAGUUGAACAGACAUUCAUCCGAUGAUAUGUACGGGUAUCACGUAAAUUGGGUACCCCAUGUCUUUCAUCCUGCCAUCUUUGAAAACAAAGUGACGAUGGCAGCCAGACUGCGUUCGGGCGAGUGGGUACCGAUGGGUUGGAUGCCUUCAGGUGUUGUUGAGCAUUGGCAUUUCAUGGUUGUUCUGGCUCGUGUGUCAUUAUGCAAUGCAAGGGUGAAAGACAAAGCGUUAUUGUGCGAACAUGCAAAGCUGUGUUGGGAUACAUUGAAGGCAGAGGACCGUCAGAUGGUGUUGUGUGGAUAUGACGGAUGUGAAGAUGAGAACAUGUGGUCAAUGCAGGGUGCUGGUGUGGGCACAUGCUUUUUAAAUGAUUUUCCUAAUAACUGUCUGAGCCUCCUUCGCCGCAUACACGGGCGGACAACACUUCUUGGAUGGGUACCCGUUGUCUGUCCCAUGCGUUAUGCUUGCGGGGCAGACCUGUGCAUGAUCUUCAGAGACUCUCUGGGUGUUCCAUUUUUUGUGACGUACUCUAAUGGUUUGCUGCGGCACAUUCAGUACAUGCCAAUGGAGGAUAUGGCAGGGAACGAUUAUAAUGUGGGCAUUCGAGAACCUGAGUUUGAAGAGACGGAACAACCGACAUGCGAGGUGAACGGACCACCUCAAGACACGGGUGCGGGAUGUGAUAUUGACGAACCAGCUGCAGACACGGGUGCGGGAUGUGCUGUUGUGGACAAGAGCACGCCAUCAUGCGGCACUAUGUGCAACGAUGGUAGCAGGAGGAUGGGGCAAGGAACGAAGCGAAAGGCGACAACCAGAAGAGAGAAUGGGGGAACAAUGACGAUUGCAGGGGCGGGGGGGCAGCAAUGGCUGGAGGAAGAGGGAGAGGAAGAGGGAGAGGAAGGGGGAGGGGGCAUGAGGGGACAGCAAUGGAUGGGGAGACAGGGCGGAAAAUUGAUGGAAGCCAAGGGGCUCCGAGGCGGAAUCGCCAAGUUGGACAGGCUACUGUGGCAGAAAUGCGCCGGCUGCAGUGCAACACAGACCUUUGCAUCACUUACAGACCAUUUGUAAGGCUUGUGCGCGAGAUUGUGAAGAAAGAAGAGGUUGCAACAAAUCCAAUGCGGUUCG